AUGGGUGCCCUAUGUGUGGCAGCAAAGCUGAGUAACAGCACAAAAAUCUCCACAUCUAAACUGUUGCAGAAGUCCAAUUACAGUACACGGCUUGCCAUGCAGGUGAUGAUGAGGAGGUACCCCCCUCCCCCAUCAACUCCUACUGGGCCGAUAGGAUGCUCAGAUGAAGAGAAAGAUCGCUUUUGGUCAGACUUUGAGGAGGAAAUGGAAAAGGUGCCAGCAGAUGAAAGAUGCAUUGUCGGCAGAUAUCUGAAUGGGCACGUAGGUCAGAAUAACCACGUGAUCAGCUGUGUACAUGCUGGUAUGGCUAUAAUGAAAGAAGUGCAGAGGGCAUAUCACAGAGUACCACAUCAGGAAAUAUGGGGAUAUGUCAGGGAGAGAGGAGUGAUGGAGAAGUAUGUCAGAAUGAUUAAGGACCUGUAUAGAAAUGUAAAAACCAGCGUCAGAUCUACAGUUGGAAGAACAAAAAAUUUCCAAGUUGGAGUCAGGCCACAUCAGGGAUCCGCUCUCAGCCCACUUCUGUUUAAUAUUGCCUUGGAUGUGUUGACGGAGGGUGUCAGGGAGGAGUCACCAUGGUGCCUGCUCUAUGCAGAUGACAAAGUCUUAGUAGCGAAGAACAGGGAGGAACUAGAGGGAAAGCUUGAAAGAUGGAGAUAUGCCUUGGAGAAUAGAGGUUUAAGGACAAACAGGGAAAAGAUAGAAUUGGAUAGCGACCAGCAAACCACAAUCAAAUUAGGUGGAGGAAACAUCAAAAGGGUCCAUAAAUUCAAGUACCUUGGCUCAGUGAUUGACAAUGAAGUGAACAUGGGCGAGGAAAUAAAAAACCGGAUUCAGUGUGGUUGGAACAACUGGAAGAAGGUAUCCGGUAUCAUAUGUGAUAGGAAAGUCCUUAUAAGAUUAAAGGGCAGAGUGCACAAGGCAAUGGUCAGACCAGCAAUGACAUAUGGAUUGGAAGUAGCACCAAUAAAGAAAACAGAGGACAGAAAGUUGAACGUAACCGAGAUGAGGAUACUCAGGUGGAUGAGCAGAGUGACCAAAAUGGACAGGUUAACAUGUUAG